AUCAGAAUCAAAUCAAAAAGCGUUCAUUGAACACUACUUUGAGUUCACUUAAAAAAGUUUUUCUUCAUUUUCCAACCUCUACUCCUUCAAUCCUUUCAACAACAUGAAGUUCGUAUUUGCCGUAGUCUUGUUGGCCCUUGCUGUUGGUGUUCAAUCAUCAUUGAUCGGUGUUGGUCCAUGGGGAGCACCAUGGGGUGUAGCUCCAUGGGGUGCCGCCCCUUGGGCAGGUCAUGCCGCCAUUGAUCACAGUGGUUGGGCUGCUCCUUUAGCCGCUCAUGGCCCAUGGGGAGGUAUUCCCGGAAUUGCUCUAGCUCAAGGUCCUGCUCUUGGUCAUGCUGGUCUUGGACUCGGUCUAGCUCAUGGAGGUCCUGGUGUUUAUGUUGCUAAGACUCGUGGUGCUGUACACACUGCUCCUUUGGCUGGUCAUAUUGCCUCCGCCACUUCCGUUAAUGUGGCCCCCGCUCCCGGUACUCAUUAAGUAAAGAACGAUCCCAUAUAGCACAUUCAAACCAUCCAAUAAUAGCGUCAUAGUCCCAAAACAAUUUCUAUAUCCCUCCAACCGACAAAAUCUAUAAUAUAGCACACACUCUACCAUCACCACCACCCCUCCCCAUUACGUUCCCCAGCAAAUACUGGUAAACUGAUGACAAAUAGUUUAGAAUAUUUAGUCCAACAACAAUCAAGAUGAAUUCUUACUGGCACAUUUUCAGCAACAUUACGAGUAAUUAGAUUUAAUCUGAACUUUUUGUUAUCUAUCUGUAACUGUAUCUAUAUCUCUUUUCUAUAACUGUCUUUGUCUGUAUCUAUCAUACUCUUUAACUGUAAAUAUUGUAAACAGCAACAUAAAUCUACAAAAAAAAUCAAUAAAAAAUAGAUCAUUGAUCUAGAGGUGAUCAAAAUUUUACAUAUAAAUAAAAUAUGUAAAAUAAAAUGUACAUA